AUGGCGGCCGCGCAGCGCCUCCCCCCGCGGCGCCGCACCGCGCCCCCUACCGGCGGAUGGACACAUCGCCCCCGCGGCGCCGCACAGCGCCCCCUACCGGCGGAUGGACACAGCGCCCCCGCGGCGCCGCACCGCGCCCCCUACCGGCGGAUGGACACAGCGCCCCCGCGGCGCCGCACCGCGCCCCCUACCGGCGGAUGGACACAGCGCCCCCGCGGCGCCGCACCGCGCCCCCUACCGGCGGAUGGACACAGCGCCCCCGCGGCGCCGCACCGCGCCCCCUACCGGCGGAUGGACACAGCGCCCCCGCGGCGCCGCACCGCGCCCCCUACCGGCGGAUGGACACAGCGCCCCCACGGCCCCGCACCGCGCCCCCUACCGGCGGAUGGACACAGCGCCCCCGCGGCCCCGCACCGCGCCCCCUACCGGCGGACGGAGGGGGUCCACCCAGUGGCUGCCGGAGAGAUCCCCCCAGUGGCUGCUGGCGGCAUCGCACCCAGUGGAUGCCCUCUGUUGCCCAAGAGCUGCCGUCGCCUCCGGUGGGGCUGUGCUUCCCCUGGCCCGGCUCCUAUCAGCGGGGUGUCCCUGGGCAUCGCUCGCUGCUACGUGAAGGUGGUGCUGAAGGUGCUGGAGUGGGCGACCCUGCAGGUCCAGGAGGCAGUCCGGAAGCAGAAGGCUCUGGCCCCUGAGCAUCUGAUCUCCACUGGCAUCGUGCGGCGGCAGCAGCGCUCGAUGGAGGAGGAGCUGGGCGGGCAGCGCCGCGGGCAGUUCCGCCUGGCCCAUGCGCUCUACUUCUGCAGGAGGGGCUGCGAGGCGGUGGCCGAGGACGAAGUCACCCGCAGGUUCUCCUCCGAGGAGCUGCCCUCCUGGAACCUGCUGAGCCGCAGCGGCGCCCGCCUGCACCGCCUGGGCUGGCAGCUGGGCGCCGCCUGGCUCCUGGGCAUCCUGCUGCGCUACUGCCUGCUGCUGCCCUUCCGCAUCUGCUUGGCUGUCUUCAGCAUCCUGCUGCUGGUGGUGGCCACCACGGUGGUGGGACAGUUCCCCAACGGCAGAGUGAAGGUCUGGCUCAGCAACCAGGUGCAGAUGACCUGUGCCACCUUGGGUAUCCGGUGCCUGGCUGGCCUGGUGCAUUUCCACAACAGGGAGAACAGACCCCAGGAAGGAGGCAUCUGUGUGGCCAACCACACCUCCCCCUUGGAUGUCCUCAUCCUGGCCAGCGAUGGAUGCUACUCCCUGGUGGGGCAGGUGCACGGCGGGUUCCUGGGGCUGAUCCAGAAGUCCUGCCUGCAGACCAGCCAGCACGUCCUGUUCGAGCGCUCCGAGAUCAGAGACCGGCACCUGGUGAGGAAAAAGAUUCAGGAGCACAUUGCAGACAAGGCCAAGCUGCCCAUCCUCAUCUUCCCAGAAGGUACCUGCAUCAACAACACCUCAGUGAUGAUGUUCAAGAAGGGAAGCUUUGAGGUAGGAGGCACCAUCCACCCAGUAGCUAUCAAGUACGACGCCCGCUUCGCCGACCCGUUCUGGGACAGCACCAAGCACUCGAUGCUCUCCUACAUGCUGCACAUGCUGACCAGCUGGGCCGUGGUCUGCCACGUCUGGUACCUGCCCCCCAUGCUCAGAGAGGAGGAAGAGGAUGCUGUGCACUUUGCCAACAGGGUGAAGGCUGCCAUCGCUGCCCGGGGGGGCAUGGCUGUGCUGCCCUGGGAUGGAGGCCUGAAAAGGAAGAAGGUCAAAGAGUCUUUCAAGGAAGAGCAGCAGAAGCAGUACUGCCAGGUCCUGCUGGGAGCUGGGGGCAAGGGCAGUGCCUGCUGA